UCACAAAUUAUGACGUACACUCUCCCACUUGGGGAGAUGUUAAGCUGGCGCCCUCACCAAGUGCAAUGUGAGUCGCCAACCUAGGCCAUGGGCCUCAUUGAUCGCCCAUACGCCCCGUCCAGGUAAGUGAGUUUAACGUUGGUGCUCACAUUCCUUUUAUAAGUUCUCCUAGCACUAAUCUCCUUAUGCAGCACGAUGUGGGACAAAUAACUUAAAAACAUAAAUAAUAAACCCAACAUGUCGGUGAGGAAAGAUGGAAUUUUUUCUGUGAAUGUGUUUCUGAGACUCGGCAACUGCUAGUUAAGACUUCCAACUUGUGGAAGCUCGGAGGUGUGCAGUGCUGAGCACUGAUUAGCUGAGAAUUGACAGUCAAAGAUGUGAUUACCGUCAGCUUCUGGACGGUGAAGGUACCACUGCAGGUCUAUUCUAUUCAGAUUAAUGGGGUAGAAACGCCAUUCUCUGGGGAUAAUGUUAGUUUGAAUUCGCAAUCUGAUGAUGAUGAUGCAUACAGACCAUCUGUUCCAACCAUUAUCAACAUCCACAAAGACUAAUACUUCUCUUCCAAUUGUAUUUGCAUAUCAAUUGAUUAUCCAUUAGUUGCAACAGGUGUGAAGUAAUUAGAAGUCUUAUCUAACAGUACUUUUGUGGGUUUCAUUGCAGAGUAAAAAGUUAUAUAGCUUGUUCAGUCAUCUGUGAUCACCUUAACAUAAUGUUCAAGUUCAUUUCGUAUAUUUGUAAAUUUAGUUUAUAAUAAGCACAUGGAUGCAUACUUACUCAUAAUUAUGUCUUUGCACAAGCUAAUUAAGAAGCAUUAACAGCAGAAAAUUAGCUGCAUGAGUUUUAUGCCUACUUGUCUCACUCUCCACCUAGCACUUAUUUUGGAGAUUGAGUUCAUCUUCAUGAAACUUUCUUUUCCUAGUGCUUUUUAAUCUUUUAACGUUGUCUGGCAAGCGCUGUGUUGAAUUUGCAGUUAAUGCUACAUUACUUGCAUUCUCUAUGACCUAUAUUUGUCUCUGCAUCAGACACAAGCAUGAAUAUGAUACUUGUUAUACUAAGAUAUUAUCAGUGUCCGCUGUCAAUUUAGUACAAUAUGGUAAUAGAGAUGAGUUUGGUUGGGUUGGGUUUAGUUGAGUUUUUCGAAUGAUACAGUUUCACUUCUUGAUUUUUUAUAUUUAGGAAUUUCGAAUAUAUUUUAUGACUUUUGGAUGUUAUAUAAGAUAAUCAAUAAUACUUGUAUAAUAUAUUCUUUUGUUUUCAUAAACCAGUUUUGAUUAGUGUUAUGCGAACUUUGACAAUCACACCCUUGUAAUUUAUUGAUUUGAAUCCAUGGGUUUGAAAAUUUGACAUCCAUCAUUUCCAACCUAUUGAACCAAAUUUAUGAAAAAUGAAAUUUCAUUCCAUUCAACCAUUCUCUACUCAAUCGUCAACUUGAAAUAUGCUUAAAAGACUCGCAACGUCUACUUUGCCAGAAAAAACGAGUCAAUCCUCCUUACUUUCCCUUUAAAUUAACUUCAACUAUCCCGACUUUCACUCAUUUCUAUUACUGCUCUCAAUUUUCCCCUUACUCUUCUUUGACUCGUUGUUUACUAUUGAUUCAGCUGAAUGCAUCACCAAUCCAUAGCCUUUAAACCCCUCCAAUCCCCUUUCCCGCCCCGCCUUCACCCUCCUAACGCUAUCCCUUCUCGCCGCCUGUUUCCCCUCCAUCUAAACACCACCGCUUAUUCUCCCUGCUCUGCCUCUAGCUGCCGGAGUUUCCAUAUCCCUCUUCCCACUCACCCUCCUCGCUCCCUCCCCUCCUCCAACUCCACCAAAAACGCCGCCCUCAAAACCGUCGAUGUCGCCACUCUCGGCAAUCUCUGUGUUGAUAUUGUUCUCAAUGUUCCCAAAUUACCCCCGUCUUCUAAAGGCGCUCGCAAAGCCAUCAUGGAACAGUUAUCCUCUUCUCCUCCCGACAAGCAAUAUUGGGAAGCUGGUGGCAACUGUAAUGUAGCUAUAGCAGCUGCAAGGCUGGGACUCAAUUGUAUUACAAUAGGUUAUGUUGGUAAUGAAAUUUAUGGGAAGUUUCUUCUAGAUGUGCUUCGUGAUGAAGGAAUUCGUAUGGUGGGAAUGAAUGAAGAAGCUGAUGUUGUUAACAGUCCAAGUGCUUCUCAUCAAACUCUCUUAUGUUGGGUGCUUGUUGAUCCUUUACAAAAGCAUGGUUUUUGCAGUCCAGCUGAUUUUUUUGAGGAGCCUGCUUUUAGCUGGAUGAGUACACUUUCUGAAGAAGUAAAGAGGGGGAUUAAGCGAUCGAGAAUCUUGUUUUGUAAUGGUUAUGAUUUUGAUGAGCUUUGCCCUGGUUUGAUAAUGUCAGCUGUUGACUAUGCAAUUGAAGCUGGUGCAUCAGUGUUUUUCGAUCCAGGGCCGCGUGGAAAGAGUCUUUUACGCGGAACUGUGGAAGAACAAAAGGCACUUAGGCAUUUCUUGAGGAUGAGUGAUGUCCUCCUUCUAACAUCUGAUGAGGCCGAAUCAGUGACUGGCAUAGCGAACCCGAUUCUAGCAGGACAGGAGUUGCUGAGGACAGGGGUCCGCACUAAAUGGGUGGUUGUGAAGAUGGGCCCUAGGGGUUCAAUUCUGAUAACCACGUCAAAUAUUACAUGUGCAUCUGCAUUUAAGGUGAAAGUCAUGGACACCGUCGGCUGCGGAGAUAGUUUUGUUGCAGCUAUUGCAUUCGGUUUUAUACACAAUAUUCCCUUGGUUACAACAUUGGCAUUUGCAAAUGCUGUGGGGGCUGCUACUGCCAUGGGUUGUGGUGCCGGUAGGAAUGUAGCAGCACUGAAGCAAGUAGUAGAACUAAUGGAAGCACCCAACCUCAACGAGGAUGAUGAAUUUUGGAAUGAGCUACUGGGUGAACAUUUGGACUCCCAAGAGGUUACUUUUCUGUCGAAAAUGAUUUUAAAUGGAAGCAAUGGCAGGAUGAAUCGUGUUACAUUUCAAAAGGCAGUUUCUGAAUUGCUGCCUAAGCUUAAAUCAAGUCAACUAGAGGGCACACUGUCAUGUUGAUGGAUUGGAGCAGGUAUUAGAUACUCAACAAUGGUUUAAAGAAUACGUAUGGUAAACUCAAUAACGAGUACGAUUGGGAUCAGAUUGAAAUGGUUACUAGAAGAUCUUUAAGUGAGUUCAUUAACACAUUUUUGGCGAAUACCUUGAUACAUAGCUAUGUAAAAAUAGAUGUUCCCUUGUCGUGGUUAUAUUGUUGUUGUCAUCAUCAUUGGUUUUGAUUUUCUAAUUUUUAUGCAAUACAAAAAAGAUUGCUUCGAAAA